AUGUCAUCAUCAUCCCUUCCCAACCAUUCCUCAACAACAACAACAACAACGGCACUACCCAAAUUUUCACCAAAAAACUCAUCCUAUGACAAGCCACUGAUUGCAUUGAUUGGUGAAACAUCUGGAACGGAAUUGACUGAUUUCAUCAUACCAUACAGUGUUCUUGUUGAAGCCAAUGUUGCUUCCCGAGUGCUGACUGUUUCGACUUUGAAAGACGAACCCAUUCACUUAUUUCCCACUUCAUGCAAACUUCUGGCUCAUACUCAUAUCGAUGAGUUUAAUGAACAGUAUCCACAGGGAGCUGACUAUUUAUUCGUACCUGCUGUGAAAAACAAUUCCAAUACUCGCUUGUUGAAAUUUGUGAGAGAACAAUUCAAGAAAGGUGCCACUGUGAUUAGUAUUUGUGAUGGUGUUUGGGUUGUUGUCCAUGCAGGUUUGUUUGAAAAGGAUGAGACAUGCUUGACGACAACAGCAACACCACUACGCGGGGUAGGUCAUUGGUAUUCGAUGGACAAGUUACGAAAACAACAUCCUCAUGUGGAAUGGGUAAGCAAUGCAAGAUAUGUCGUUUCUACCACUGCAUCUCAUGGGACUCUUAUUUCUACUUCUGGAAUUUCUGCCUCCAUUCCUGUGAGUUUAGCAUUGGUUGAAGCCAUUGCUGGACAUGAACAUGCUCAACAAGUGGCUGUGAAAUUUGGAGCUAGUGAUUGGAGUGCACAACAUUGUAGUGAUGAUUUCAAGCUGACCCUGAAACGAGCGUUCACAUUGUCGAGUAAUUUUGUGAGCUUUUGGAAACAUGAAAAGGUUGGAAUUUUAGUGAAUGCUUCUCCAGGGCAAAAUCAAGAAGAAACAGCAGUCGAUGAAAUGAAAUUGGCUUUGGUAGCUGAUUGUUAUUCGAGAACGUACCUUUCUCAAGGUUGUUGUGUGUAUAGAGAGGAGAAACGAGAAACAAAUGCUGCCAACAAGAAAGAAACCACAAAGACCACUACUUUUAAAACGUUGAGAGGUUUAACAUGGAUCCCAGAUCUUGUUGCUGUGGGUGCUCAUGAAGAGGCAUCUCAAUUUCUUAAAAGGCACACCAAUCGAACCGUUGAUUUAUCGAGCUCUUCAGAAAAUGCAGCACUCAAUGCCACUCAAUUAUUGAACAAAACCUUACAAGACAUUUCAGAACAAUAUGGAGAAGCUACUCGUGAUUGGUGGAGAUGUGAAAAGGGAGAGGACGUCCCUGAAGAUGACCCAACCAUUUUCAAUGCUCUUGUUGAAAUUCCAAUGGGUUCAAAGGUCAAGUAUGAAUUGGAUAAAGAGUCUGGCUUGUUGAAGGUCGACCGUAUUCUCUCUUCAUCUGUUGUCUAUCCAACCAACUAUGGUUUCAUUCCACAAACCUAUGGUGAAGAUAAUGACCCACUUGAUGUUUUGGUCUUGAUGCAACAAUCUGUUGCUCCAAUGAUUUUCCUCAGAGUCAAGCCAAUCGGUGUCAUGAUCAUGAUUGACCAAGGUGAGAGAGAUGACAAGAUUGUCUGUGUCCACGCUGACGAUCCAGAAUACAAUCAUUACAAUGACAUUGCUGAAUUGCCACCACACAAGUUACAAGAAUUGAAGAUUUUCUUUGAGGACUAUAAAAAGUUGGAAAAGAAGGUUGUUAAGGUUGAGGGUUACCAAGGACCAGCUGAGGCCCGUCAAAUUGUUGCCAAGGGUAUCAAGGCAUACAAGGAGUAUGUCAAGGAAAAGGAGAAGGCUGGACAAAGUCUAAUGUCACCUAAGUUGCAAGCUUACAAGUCAUUCUUUGGAAGUGAGCAAUAA